UGAUUCCAGAUUCGACCAAAUUAGGAGUUUAAAAGAUGUCCAACAUGACUCACCCCCAAAGACUUAAAAUUGUCCAGAAAGACUCAAAGAUGUCCUAAAAGAACCGAAAUAGCUCAGAAUUGUUGCCCAUAAUGACUCAAGAUUUGACCAAAAUGAGAUGAAAAUUGUCUAAAAUGACUCAAACUUGACCCACAAUGACUUUAAGCCUGUUCACAAUGAGAUAAAGAUUGUCCAAGAUGACUUGAGACCGGCCUAAAUGAGUCUAAAUUGUCCUAAAAAGACUGAAAGUUGACGAAAAGACUCAAAAACGCACAAAAAGACCUUAAAUAACUGAAUUGUUGUCCAAAAUGACAUAAACCUGAUCAUAAGAGUCAAAAAUGUCCAAGAAGAUUCAAUCUUUACCCACAAUGACUUUUAAGUUUGUCCAAAAACAUUUAAAAUGUGUCCAAAAUAAGAUGAAAAUGUCAUAAAUGGAACAAAUUUGUCCAGGAAGGCUGAAGUUUAAGCUGAAACCACCUGAGUUUGUCCAGAAGACUCCAGCAUGUAACCUAUGCUGUAGUGUGUUAUACAGAGUGUGUAUUACAGAGUGUGCACUGUAGUGUGUGUUUAUUAUAGUGUGUAUUAUGUGUUGGGGGCGGGGCCAGCUCCAGCAGCUCCUCCAUUGUCUGAGGGAGGGUCUGGUCUGGUCUAGCUGAGCCGAGCAUCGCUGCAGAGAGAGACAAAGAGGGGGGAGGCAGACUCGCUUUCUUUCUUCGUGUGGGGGAGGAGAGGGGGGAGGAUUAGACCGGCUACACGCACAUCUCAUGCUAACACACACACACGCACACAACACACGGACACACACGCGGACACACAACAACACGGCGGCGGAGCGGAGCAUCAUCUGGACCAGCAUCAGGACCAGGACCGGAAUCAGCAUCAGGACCAGGACCGGGACCAGCAGCAGCAGGACUGGGACCUGAACCAGAACCGAAACCAGGACCGGCACCGGAGGAGACAAAGAGACAGACAGACAGACAGACAGGCAGGCAGGCAGGCAGACAGACAGGCCUUCUCUCUCCGUCAUGGCCGACCACAUGUUCCGCUGCUUGUGUGUCUGAGUGUGUGUGUGUGCGCUGCUGGUGGGUGUGUUCGCUGUGUGUGUGUCCCUGUGUGUCGGCGUGUGUGUCCGCGUGUGUGUGAUGGGGAACGCGGAGAGCAUGGAGAGCCAGCUGGCCGUGAUCCGGUCCAGAGCCGCCCCGGUCCGACUCCCGAUGCCCGACCCGGCGGAGCUGGAGGAGAGGUUCUCCAUAGCGCUGAACUCCAUGAACCUGCCUCCUGAUAAGGUGCGUCUGCUGCGUUCCUAUGACAACGAGAAGAAGUGGGAGCUGAUCUGUGACCAGGAGAGGUUCCAGGUGAAGAAUCCUCCUCAUACCUACAUCCAGAAGCUGAGAGGGUUCCUAGACCCGGCCGUGACCCGCAAGAAGUUCAGACGGAGAGUUCAGGAGUCGACUCAGAUGCUCAGAGAGUUGGAGAUUUCUCUUCGCACAAACCACAUCGGGUGGGUCAGGGAGUUCCUGAAUGAGGAGAACCGAGGUCUUGAUGUUCUGGUGGAGUAUUUGUCGUUCGCUCAGUACGCCGUCACGUUUGAUGGAGAACCGUCGGAGGCCGGAUCAGAGGUGUCGUCCAUCGACUCCCCCUGGAGCCGCUCCAUAGAGGAUCUCCAUGGCGACUGCAGUCUCCCCUCCCCGUCCUCCUCGGCGCCGCGAGCAGCUCGACACUCCAUCAGCUCCACUCUGGUGACUCGAUCGAACACGCUGCCGAGUCGCCGCACACUGAAGAACUCGAGACUCGUCUGUAAGAAGGACGACGUCCACGUCUGCGUCAUGUGUCUGAGAGCCAUCAUGAACUACCAGUAUGGAUUCAACAUGGUGAUGUCUCAUCCACACGCCGUCAACGAGAUUGCUCUGAGCCUCAACAACCGCAACCCCAGGACGAAGGCUCUGGUCUUGGAGUUGUUGGCGGCCGUUUGUUUGGUCAGAGGAGGACAUGAGAUCAUCCUGUCAGCCUUCGACCACUUUAAAACUGUGUGUUCUGAGUCGAUGCGUUUUGAAAAGCUGAUGGAACAUUUUAAGAAUGAAGACGACAACAUCGACUUCUUGGUGGCCUGCAUGCAGUUCAUCAACAUUGUGGUGCACUCUGUAGAGGACAUGAACUUCAGAGUCCAUCUGCAGUACGACUUCACCAAACUCAACCUGGACGACCACCUGGAGCGGUUGAAGCACACAGAGAGCGACAGGCUGCAGGUCCAGAUCCAGGCCUACCUGGACAACGUGUUUGACGUUGGGACGUUGCUGGAGGACGCUGAGACCAAAACCGCUGCUCUGGAGAGAGUGGAGGAACUGGAGGAGAACCUGGGGACGAUGUCCGAGCGUCUCCUGGAUGUAGAGAACGAAGCGAUGCUGAAGAUCGUGGAACUGGAGAAGCAGCUGAUGCAGACCAACAAGGAGCUGGACCAGAUGCGGGACGUGUACGCCAGCGCCAACUCUCAGGUGCACACCCUGAGGAGGAUGGUCCGCGAGAAGGACCAGACCAUCCGACGCCAGAGCCGCCUGGAGCGCCAGGCCCAGGAGGCCCAGCAGUCCGGAGGUCCUGGAGCCCCUCAGCCCCAGAGAGGGGAGGGGGACGGAGGCGUGGCUGACUCUGCCUCCCCCUCACCUCCACCCAUCCCCACCCUGUCCCCCAGCCCGGAGACGGUAGCCUAUCACGGCAUGGGACCGGGGAUGGGCGGAGCUCCAGAUAUGCCGCCCCCUCCCCCCCCUCCUCCUCCUCCACCAAUGCCAGGCUCAGUGUCCAAUGGACCUUACCCCGCCCCUCCCCCUCCGGGUCCCCCUCCCCCCCCUCCUCCCCCUCCCCCACCCUGUCGGACCAGUGAGCUCUCCUCCGUUCCCAUGCCCCCUCCUCCUCCCCCCGUGGCCCCACCCCUUCCAGGGUCGGGGGGGUCACCAACAGUGAUCUUCACCUCCGGACUGGCAGAGGGUCCACUCAAGCUAUUCUCUGUGAAGAUCAAGAAGCCAAUCCAGACCAAGUUCAGGAUGCCGGUGUUGAACUGGGUCGCUCUGAAGCCCAGUCAGAUCAAUGGAACCGUCUUCAACGACAUCGACGACGAAUCCAUCUUGCAGGACCUGGACGUCGAGGAAUUUGAGGAGAUGUUUAAGACGAAGGCUCAGGGUCCGGCUGUGGACCUGACUCUGUCCAGACAGAAGCUUCCUCAGAAAGCUCCAUCCAAAGUCUCCCUGCUGGAGGCCAACAGGGCCAAGAACCUGGCCAUCACCCUGAGGAAGGCCGGCCAGGGGUCAGAGGUCAUCUGCCGGGCCAUUCACACGUUCGACCUCCGGACGGUCCGGGUGGACUUUGUAGAGUGUCUUAUGCGUUUCCUGCCGACGGACUCUGAGGUGAAGCUGCUGCGACAGUAUGAGAGAGACAGGAAACCUCUGGAGGCUCUGAGCGACGAGGACCGCUUCAUGAUGCAGUUCAGCCGCAUCGAGAGGCUCAGCCAGCGCAUGAGCAUCAUGACCUUCAUGGGCAACUUCACCGACAACGUCCAGAUGUUAACCCCGCAACUCCACGCCAUCAUCGCUGCUUCAGUUUCCAUAAAAUCGUCCCAGAAGCUCAAGAAGAUCCUGGAGAUCAUCUUGGCUCUGGGAAACUACAUGAACAGCAGCAAGAGAGGAGCUGUGUACGGAUUCAAACUGCAGAGCUUAGACCUGCUCCUGGAGACCAAGUCGACUGACAGAAAGCAGACGUUGCUUCAUUACAUCGCCAACGUGGUCAGAGAGAAAUAUUCGUCCGUGUCUCUGUUCUACAACGAGCUGCACUACGUGGACAAGGCUGCUGCAGUGAGUCUGGAGAACGUUCUGUGUGACGUGAAGGAGCUGCAACGAGGGAUGGAGCUCACCUGGAGAGAGUUCAGCGUGUCACACAACGCCACACUCAAAGACUUCAUCAGCAGAAAUGAAUCACGGCUCAGCAAACUGCAGGAGGAUGCCCGCAUUGCUCAGGACGCCUUCGAGGAUGCAGUGAAGUUUUUCGGAGAGAGCUCCAAGACGAUGCCACCGUCCGUCUUCUUCCCCAUCUUUGUCCGGUUCAUCAAAGCCUACAGGCUGGCGGAGGAGGAGAACGAGCAGCGUCGGCGUCAGGAGCAGAUGUUGUUGGAGAAGCUGGAGCAGGAGGAGCAGCAGCAGGAGGAGGAGACCAAGUCUCCGUCCCACAGGGGGAAGCGGCAGCAGCAGGAGCUAAUCACGGAGCUCCGACGACGGCAAGGAAAGGACAGCCGGCACGUUUACGAGGGGAAGGACGGCGCCAUCGAGGACAUCAUCACAGCUCUGAAAACCGUCCCCUUCACGGCUCGGUCGGCCAAACGCAGCUCGCGCUUCUUCUGUGACCCCGCCCACUCCGAGGAGCACUACUGAUGACAUCACUGAGAGCGGCGGGAGGCCAUGCCCACUUCAAAUCGAUGGGACCAAUUAGCACUUUCUGAUGAUUGAUGUGAACUGAUGACAUCAUGUCUUCUCUCUUAUUCUAUUGGUCAGUUGGUGCACAGACCAGGCACCCAGACACCAGCGGACCUCGGGGCCCCGGGUCAGAACCUCUCCCUCCAUCCAAACCACAUAAAGUGUCUUAGCUGAGAACCGAAGUUCUGAAGCUGAACAUCUGGAGCUUUUGACCGGACCACAUGAUCUUCCUCUGUACUCAGAGGUGCCGUUUGUUCUUGACUUCCUGGUGUUCAGGUUUCCAGUUUUCAGAGCACUUUAAAGAAACAGAAGUUCAUCGUUAAAUGAAAGAAAGGGGAACAUGAACACCUCCAGCUGGAACACAACCGGACCUCUGAGGAACACUAUGUGGUCCAUGGUCAAAAGCCCAGGUUCUUAAAAAUCUCUGACAUAAUAGAAAUUAACCAACCAGUAAAUUGAGGAUAGCUGUGAAGAGAAACUUCAGACAUCACGGUGCUAAAACCCCUGACGUUCCUUACAGCGCCCAAAUCGUGCCUCGUUUUUUAAAGCCCACCACUGGUGGCGCCGUAGAACAGCAUCCCCAUGAGUCGGGUUCUGGUGUUCUAUGUUGGACCAGAACCCGGACGCGCCUUUUUAAACCACAUGAGGGCUAACAGCGGCUAAACUUCAGCUUCAGAGUCCUGUUUCUGGGUCAGCAGAUCUGCGGUUCUCCUGUUGUUCUGGGUUCCUUUGGUCUGUGUCUUUAACUGGAUCUUGUACAGGGUUCUACUCCUUUCACUACAUUGUGUUUUACUGUGUUCUACUGUAUUUUUUUCGCCUUAUGGAGCCAGGAUACACAGAGUCUGGCAGUUUACAAACCAAGAACAGUGUUAACACAAAGCAUUCGGAUUCACGGAACUACGUCUGACUGACGGAACCACGUCUGACCGACAGAACCACGUCUGACAGACGGAACCACUUCUGACAGACAGAAUCACGUCUGACCGACGGAACCACGUCUGACAGAGAGAACCACGCCUGACUGACGGAACCAUGUCUGACAGACGGAACCACUUCUGACAGAGAGAACCACGUCUGACCGACGGAACCACGUCUGACCGACGGAACCACGUCUGACCGAUAGAACCACGUCCGACAGACCUUGUCCAGCUGAUUGAACUAGGCCCUCCUGACAGAAUUAUGUACGACUGACGAAACCAAGUCUUACUGAUGGAACCGUGUGUGACUGGCUUAAACAUAUCUGACUAACAGAACUGUAUCCGACUGACGAAACAAAGACAGAUUGACGGAACUACAGUCGUGGUCAAACGUUUACAUACAUUAGUAAAGAACAUAAUGUCAUGGCUCUCUUGAGGUUCCAGUUAUUUCUACAACUCUGAUUUUUCUCGGAUAGAGAGAUUGGAACAGAUACUUCUUUGUCACAAAAACAUUCAUGAAGUUUGGUUCUUUUAUGAUUUUAUUAUGGGUUAACAGAAAAAGUGACCAAAUCUGCUGGGUCAAAAAUAUACAUAUAGCAAUGCUAAUAGGUUGUUGUUAGAGAUACGGACCCGUACCCGUAGCCUGUGGACUACGGAUACGGCACUUGCCAUUUGCCAAUCAGAUACGCGAGAUCUGGUCACGUGACUCCCGGUAGACGUUAGCGGUACGGACCCAUAGCAUUGGUACUACAGGUACGGACCCUAAACCUGACCCUAACACUAACCCUAACCUUAACCUUUGCUUACCUUUCAACAGUUUGCAGUGGUUAGCAGCUUCUUGACUCGCGAGACUCGCGUACGGGUCCGUAUCUGUCUGGCAAAUGGAAAGUGCCGUAUCCGUAGCCCACAGGCUACGGGUACGGGUCCGUAUCUGUAGACACUACCAUGCUAAUAUUUGGUUACACGUCCCUUGGCCAUUUUCACUUCAAUUAGAUGCUUUUGGUAGCCAUCCACAAGCUUCUGAUUGAAUCUUUGACCGCUCCUCUUGACAGAAUCGGUGCAGUUCAGUUAAAUUUGUUGGCUUUCUGAUAUGGACUUGUUUCUUCAGCAUUGUCCACAUGUUUUCAAUGGGGUUUAAGUCAGGACUUUGGUAAGGCCAUUCUAAAACCUUAAUUCUAGCCUGAUUUAGCCAUUCUAUUACCACUUUUGAUGUGUGUUUGGGGUCAUUGUCCUGUUGGAACACCCAACUGUGGCCAAGACCCAACCUUCAGGCUGAUCAUUUUAGGUUAUCUUGAAGAAUUUGAAGGUAAUCCUCCUUCUUCAUUAUCCCAUUUACUCUCUUUAAAGCACCAUUUCCAUGGGCAGCAAAACAGCCCCACAGCAUAAUACUACCACCACUGUGCUUGACGGUAGGCAUGGUGUUCUUGGGGUCAAAGGCCUCACCUUUUCUCCUCCAAACAUAUUGCUCGGCAUUGUGGCCAAACAGCUUGAUUUUUGUUUCGUCUGACCACAGAACUUUCCUCCAGAAAGUCUUAUCUUUGUCCAUGUGAUCAGCAGCAAACUUCAGUUGAGCCUUAAGGUGUCGCUUUUGGAGCAAGGACUUCUUGCACGGCAGCCUCUCAGUCCAUGGCAAUGCAAAACACGCUUGACCAUGGACACUGACACCUGUGUUCCAGCAGCUUCUUAUUCUUUGCAGAUCUGCUUUUUGGUGGUUCUCGGUUGACUCUUAACCCUCCUGACCAAUUUUCGCUCAGCAGCAGAUGAUAGCUUGCAUUUUCUUCCUGAUCGCGGCAGUGACAAAACAGUGCCAUGCACUUUAUUCUUACAAACAAUUGUUUGCACUGUUGCUCUUGGGACCUGCAGCUGCUUUGAAAUGGCUCCAAGUGACUUUCCUGACUUGUUCAAGUCAAUGAUUCACUUUUUCAGAUCCGUGCUGAGCUCCUUUGACUUUCCUGUUGUAGUGUUUGUGGGCAUUUGUAUCCACUGAGCCCUAUUUAAAUGGCCUCAGAAGUAGCCAGCUGUAGUCACUCAUAAUCACUCAUUAGAAGUCAAGACGCAAUGCUAUGAAGCUCAUUUCAAUGACACAACUUUCUAAGUUACCAAAAUUGCUAAUUUAUGUUGCUGUAUGUAUAUGUUUGACCCAGCAGAUUUGGUCACUUUUUCUGUUAACCCUUAAUAAAGUCAUAAAAGAACCAAACUUCAUGAAUGUUUUUGUGACAAAGAAGUAUCUGUUCCAAUCUCUCUAUCACAGAAAAAUCAGAGUUGUAGAAAUAACUGGAAACUCAAGAGAGCCAUGACAUUAUGUUCUUUACAAGUGUAUGUAAACGUUUGACCACGACUGUAAGUCCUACUGACUGAACCUUGGCCAACCGGUGGAACUGUGCCAGACUGACGAAACACUGACAGACUGACAGAACCACGUGUGACUGAUGGAACCACAUCAGCAUGUUCUUCAAGCCAAACUCUGUAUAUCUGUGACUCUCAGUCCCUUCAGAACGUCUCUGCACCCGUCAGCAGCAGAACGGCACCAGCAGAAACCUACAAACUGACGACGAGACACUUCAGCAUACAGAACGUCGGGUUCUUCAUCACUGUGUUUGGAAGGCUGAAGCCCAGAGCUGCAGUUUGAGGCGUCACACUGAGGUGGCGCUGUGUGGCUGUGUGGAGGCGGGUCUGCUGGUGAGGCUCUGGACUCACCUGUAAAAACACGUGGAGGACAGAGCUGUGGAGCUGUCCGGUCCGAGGGGUCGACACCACCCUCCCCGUCCUUAAACCCCAACCCUCACCCCUUUAUUUUAAAUGGAAACGAGAAAAGAAUCCUCAGCACAAAGUUUUCUACGUGUACAGAUGUUUUCUAGGAAGCUGUGUAGUCAUGCUCGUCCUGUCUGGUGUUUGUUGGAUGUUGGUGGUGAUUCUGCACUUGGUGUGUAAAUAAAGCGCACCCUGUCGACA